AUAUGAUUUAUACGCAUAUUCAUACAAACGCGUUGGCAAACAAGCGUAUUUUUUGCCUGAACUUGUAAAUUUUAAUUGAACAACAUGGUGACAGGACCAACUGAACAUGGAAUACAAGCUGAUGUUAUAUUCGUCAUUGAAGGAACAGCCGUUAAUGGCGCGUACCUUAAUGACCUUAAAACAAAUUAUGUUAUUCCAACAUUGGAAUAUUUUAGUCAAGGUGGCAUAGAAGAUAGGGAAUACGUUGCUGAGAACAGCACGACAUUAUAUGGAAUAGUCGUUUAUCACGCUGCUGAUUGCUUACCAUCUCCGUGCACUGAGACUCUAGGACCUUAUUCAAAUCCUCACAAGCUACUGAUGGUUCUAGACAAGCUUGAAAUGGUUGGUGGAAAGGGAGAAUCUUUUGCAAACAUAGGCGAAGGUCUUGCAACAGGAUUAUUAUGUUUUGAAGACUUGCAGCUGAGACGAGAGCCAAAUACAGCUUCACAAAAACAUUGUAUUUUAAUAUGUAAUUCGCCCCCAUAUCAAACCAUGAUUCAAGAAACUUACAAAUUCGCUGGUCAUACCAUUGAACAAUUAGCUACUAUUUAUCAAGAGAGGAAUAUUAAUAUUUCUAUAUUAUCACCAAGAAAAAUUCCGGCAUUGUAUAAAUUAUUUGAAAAAGCUGGCGGUGAUUUACAGUCCUCGCAAACAAAGAAUUACGCCAAGGAUCCACGGCAUUUAGUACUUCUGCGAAAUUACAAUUUAAAGGAACGACCAGUCAGUCCCCAAAUGGGUGGUAAUGUUCACAAUACCGCGGCUACCGCUGCACAAAUACCCUUAAGUCCACUGCAGAGUAACGACAGUCCUAACACUAAUCAAGUGCAGCAGAAUAUCGCUCCGCCAAAUCAGCAACAGGGUCCUCCUUUCAGAAACCAAGCCCCUCCUCAGAAUAUCACCUCUGUGCAUCAAACUGUUACGCCGUCCAUGGCGGCACCAAUGAAUACCGCCCGACCGCCUUACAAUCCUCAGAUAGCCGCACCACCAAAUUAUCAUCCACCGGGAGUAAACAUAGCCACAAGACCCAGAUGGAUGCGACCAUUCAUAGCACCGGGUGCAACCGCGCCUGCAAAUACACAAGGCAGUGCGCUAAUAGCACAAUUAACACAACCGCCUUCAUCGUUAGGACUUAAUGUAGCUGCGUUUAAUCAACGAUUAGAUGUGGCUGGCAAUAAUGUUAUGGCAGCUAAUCAGCAACAGCAACAGCAGCAACUCACGCAGCAACAGCAACAACUGCGCUUGACGAUGCAGUUGCUCACACAACCAGGAUCGCAGCUUACUGCUUCUUGUAUUAGCCAGUCUGUACCUACUCAAGUCUCACAAACUGUUACUGCUUCACAGCAAGCACCGGUCUCAGUAUCUUCUAUUACGCAACAGAUUACUCACUCUCAGGCACAAGGCAAUGUAUCUACUGGUACUGUACAAAAUCAACAACUUGUGCCGCGCGAGCGCCAAAACAUCUGGCAAGGAAUCGUAGAAUGGAUCGAAAAGGCCAAAAAUCCAACAGAUGCGCAAAAGCAAACGAGACAUGUCCCGUGUCAAGUUUCCGCUAAUGCGAAAGACGGAGAUCCGGAAUUGAAAGCAGAUACAUGGCCGCCUAAAUUGAUAAUGCAAUUGAUGCCGAAACAAUUGAUAGGAAGUAUUGGUGGUACUUAUCUGAAGAAUUCUAAAUCUGUUGUAUUUCAUCCGACGCCAUGUGAAGCAUUAGAAUCCUUAACAAAAAUGAUGACAGCUGGAUUUGCAGGCUGUGUUCACUUCACUUCUGCGUCAUCAAGUCCAGCUUGUGAAAUAAAAGUACUUAUACUUUUGUAUACUACAGACAAAAAAACGUAUUUAGGUUUUAUUCCAAACGAUCAAACAGCUUUUGUAGAUCGUCUUCGCAAGGUUAUUCAACAACAGAAAACGUCUCAAAACGCUUCUGUAAGACAGGCUAAUCCUGGACCAGGUAAUACGAUUCCCGCACCCAUGUCUACUACAGGUACACAGGGGGGUAUUCUUAUGUCCCAAACAAAUACGAUGGCAAUGGGAGGUGGUCAAAUAACACAGAAUGUCGUGUCCACCGCUCCUCCACAAACUUUAACUUCGACCAGCGGUCCCCAAAUGAAUAUGCAGAAUAGCGGAAUUAAUGGCCCACAAGCAAAUACUGGUGCCGGAGGCAUGAUUGGCCAACAGAGACCUCCUUAUGAUGAUAUAGAAAUCGCCAGACAUCAAAAUUUGCUAAAGAUUCAACAUCUAAGACAAACGUUAGAGGCUGCUCAACAACAAGAGGCACAGUAUAAGUCUCAAUUGGAAGUAAAUAUUCAACAAAACCUAGAAGUGGCACAACAGCAAGAGAUGCAGUAUAAGCAACAACUUGAGGCGCAACAAGCACAGAGAGGCCUCAAUCCGGCCGCAAUGGCUAAUCAACAGGCGAACUCUCAACGAUUGAUGCGUCCAGUCUCCACUAACAAUCUUGGUCUCAGACAUUUAUUACAACAGCCGCAACCUCAAUAUAGCGUUCGGCAAGUAUUCGGAGUACAACAGCAAAUGGUAGGUCCGAGAGGGCAAAUAGCAACGAGACCAAUGGCUCCCGGUAAUGCACAAAAUCAGCAGUUCGAAGAUGUGUCGAAUUAUGACUUUCUUGGUUAAGCAUCGCAAGUAAGAGUUUUCUUCUUAAUUUUAUUUUUUUUAAUUUUACUAUGUAGUAUAUUAGUAUACAUGCACACUCGCCAUGUGUGCACUUGCACGUAUCCAUGCAUAAGUAAAAGGAAAUAUAGGAGAGCAUAAUAAUUUUAAUUUUAUAUAUUUAUGAGAAUAAAUAAUACUUGUACAUAGGAAGAAAUACAUGCCCAAAAUACGUA